GAACCACCAAAAGGUCUUCAUCAGGAGUACUUCCUCAGGUAGUCCACUUUAUUUUAUUUAAAUGAUGGCGAAGUUAUUUAGCGCGGUGCUUUCCAUUCUGCUUCUGAAUCUGGUAAAUUCUGCACCCACAUCUUCUGCAACUUACCUUGUGCCAUCUAUUAAUGACAACGGUGUCAUAUUAAUGCCAUCCGACCAUGGUUAUUAUUUGAGAAUCGAUAUAGAAGGAACGGGACGGGAGGAGAACGUUGAAGUGCUUCCCUCGGGGCUCCUUCAAGUGAAGGGUUCGUUUGGACAGCCGUUCCCGAGAUCUAGGUACCUUCUGGUAACCUAUGAGGCAGGACCCAAUGGUUAUGUGGCCAAGUAUAAUCUGUCUGAACUGCAGAACACGGUUCAACAGCUACCAGCGAUGGCUCUAAAAUCUGCCGCCGGCUAGCAUACUAAGAAGUUAUAGAAUCCGAUAUGUUAUUAAAUAAUAAAUAUAGUUGAGCAGCA